CCGGGACGUGCCUGCGCCUGCGGUCGCCGCGCCUCGCUCCGCUCGGGCCUCCACACUCCCGGCCCCGCCGGCUUCUACCGUCCCCCGCCCAGCGGCCGCUCGCUGCCUUGUUGUGGGUUUCCGAGUUCGGUUGCUUGAGGAGGAUGUGAUUUUUUUGGGUGAUUAUUUCUUUUUACUUUUAUGAUUUGAGAAAGAAAAAAAAACUCCGCACCUCAGGCCGUGGACAGCGAAGCGCCACCAGGCGACCCCACGUGUAUGCGCACCAGGGAACGGGAGUUGGAAGCAAACUUCUUCCAUUUGGCCUUGAGGCCUCAACUGUGGACUUAAGGCUUGGGGCCAUGACCCUCAUGCUGGACAGGUGGAAGCCUUUACCUGCCCUGGGCUGGACUUGAGCCUCGGACCUUCCCCGGCAUUCCCUCUUCCUUGCUCCCCUCGCACACACUGGACACCGUGCUAGGCCGGAGCACCUGGCUGCGGCGACAUGGAUAAGUACGAGGACCUGGGCCUGGAGGCCAGUAAAUUCAUUGAGGACCUGAACAUGUAUGAGGCCUCCAAGGAUGGGCUCUUCCGAGUGGACAAGGGUGCGGGCAACAACCCUGAGUUUGAGGAAACACGCAGGGUGUUCGCCACCAAGAUGGCCAAAAUCCACCUCCAGCAGCAGCAGCAGCUCCUGCAGGAGGAGACCCUGCCCAGGGGAGGCCGAGCCCCAGUCAGUGGUGGGGGCCGCCUGGGCCUGCAGGCCCACCGGGAAGCUGGUGUGGGCAGUAAGCUAGCCCUGGAUGGUGCUGCCAAGCCUCCUCUAGCUGCAUCUACGGUGGCACCUGGGGCAGCCACCGCCAUCACUGCCAUGCAGCCCUUGUACCCACCGCAGGAGCAGAAGGCCAGGCCGUAUGCCCGUGGCAUGAGGCAUGGCAGUCAGGACUAUGGCUCUGAGAAGUGUCUGGCGAGUUCUGAGAUGUCUGCUUUCCACCUUCCGGCUCCCUGCGAGGACUCUUCCUGCCUCACUCAUGGAGACUAUUACGACAACCUCUCUUUGGCAGGCUCCAAGUGCAGCAACGAGCUGGGAGCAUCCCCUAACAUCAGGCCGAAUGGAGGGAGUGGGUGGCCAGGACCCUCAGGGAGUGACCCAUCACUGCCCAAACCCUCCGGGGACCAUCGCAUGUACCAACCACAGCUGUCCCAGAGCUCCAGCAGGUCGUUUGAGAGUGGCCUUGGUGGCCAGAAUGGUGGCAUUGGUGGCCAUGGUAGUGAGAAACCAGCGGGCCCUUGGUCCACCUCCUCCUCCCAGCGGGUGAACUCUGGACUCCCUUCCCCAGGCCCAGAAAAUGGGCCUCCCCUGGGGCCUGCUCAGUCCAGGGCUCCUUCUUUCUCGGCACCCCUCACCCUGAGCUGCACCCGUCAAGGAGUUCUUCCAAGAACAAACUCAGGGGAGGGGAGUGAGGUUUCCGGUGUGAUGUCCAAAGCUACUGUGGACCCGCAACCCUGGUUCCCAGAUGGCCCCAAAUCUUACCUUUCUAGUUCUGCCCUGUCAUCCUCGUCUGCAGGCAUGGACAGCUCACAGAAGGCUGUGGCUUCUAGGCUAGGUCCCAAACCCGGCAGCACAGACCCUGGCACUGGUCCUAAGCUCAGCCCCACCAACCUUGUCCAUCCAGUGAUGUCCACCCUGCCUGAGGUAUCUUGUAAAGAGGGUCCCCCUUGCUGGUCCCCUGAUGGCAGCCUGGGGCCUGUGCUCCCAGAGAGCCCUAGUCCCCCUAGGGUGAGGCUUCCUUGCCAGACCCUUGUCACUGGCCCUGAGCUCGGACCAUCGGCCGCCGAAUUGAAAUUAGAAGCCCUCACCCAGCACCUGGAGCUGGAGAUGGAUGCCCGCCCGAAGGCUGAUUACUUUGGAGCCUGUGUGAAAUGCAGCAAAGGGGUCUUUGGGGCCGACCAGGCCUGCCAAGCCAUGGGGAACCUCUACCAUGACACGUGCUUCACCUGUGCAGCCUGCAGCCGGAAGCUGAGGGGAAAAGCCUUUUAUUUUGUCAACGGCAAAGUGUUUUGUGAGGAAGACUUCCUGUACUCUGGGUUCCAGCAGUCUGCUGACAGGUGUUUUCUUUGUGGACAUCUGAUCAUGGAUAUGAUCCUGCAGGCCCUGGGGAAGUCCUACCACCCCGGCUGUUUCCGCUGUGUCAUCUGCAAUGAGUGUUUGGAUGGGGUGCCCUUCACUGUGGACUCAGAGAACAAGAUCUACUGUGUCCGAGAUUACCACAAGGUGUUGGCCCCCAAGUGUGCAGCCUGUGGGCUUCCCAUCCUUCCACCUGAGGGCUCAGACGAGACCAUCCGCGUCGUGUCCAUGGACAGAGACUACCACGUGGAGUGCUACCACUGUGAGGACUGCGGCUUGGAGCUCAAUGAUGAAGAUGGCCACCGCUGCUACCCACUGGAGGACCAUCUGUUCUGUCACUCCUGCCACGUCAAGAGGCUAGAGAAAGGCCCCUCGCCAGCCACCCUUCACCAGCACCACUUCUAGCCAGGGCCUGGGACAGACCUCCUGGGCACGAGAAGCCAGGCCUUCACAUGCAGAAAUCCGCCAGUUGAUUUCCAGUGGGGAUGGGAUGGGGGAGAGGAAGUAUGGGCAGGCAGGUUCCCACACAGGUGUGCAGGAUGCCUUUCGCUGAACCAGGGAGGUGAAACACGACCUGUCUGGUGCAGGCACCUUCCAAGUGCCUCUCUCUGCUGCCGCACCAUCGUCAGGUUACUCAGAAAGACACCCAGCAAGUGUGUGGCAUACGACAGGGAGAUCCAUGGGUGAAACCAGGCAGACCCUUCUGUCCCCACUGGGAACAGUUCCUGCUUCAGAGGGAGAGGUUCAUCUUCAGCGGAUUUCACAAUGUCGCCUGAAGAGAGAGCUCAGCUAUUGAUAUGGUCACCUCUUUCCUCACCCCCUUAGGGAAAUACCUGCACCCAGACACCCACCUCUCUCUCUCUCUCACACACACACACACACACACACACACACACACCCCAAACUUGUUGCCGUUAACUCCGUUCUGACUCAUGGCGACCCCAUGUGUGUCAGAGUAGAGCUGUGCUCUGUCGAGGCUUUGAUGACUGGUUUUUUGGAACUAGGGCGCCAGGCCUUCUGAGGCACCUCUGGGUGGACUUGAACCUCAAACCUUUUGGUUAGUAGCCAUGUGCAAAUUGUUUGCACCACCCAGGGACCAUCUCACACACACAUGCGCUCACACACACACACACAGAGCAUGGUUUAAAACUUUCUUUCAGCCCAGAACUUCAGUUCUCCAGUAGAAUGGUGACAAAUUUGAGUUGCCUUAUGGUAAGAGGGAAGCUCUGUCGUGGGAUUUGUACCCUAGGAAGAAUUUAUUUGGUCAACCAGAGCCAAGUUUUGAAGUAAGUGAGCAGGGUGUCCUCCCUGCGCCCCUUGAAUGCCCCUGGGGCUGUAGGAGAUUUGUCCUGUUCUAGCAAAGCUUGCUCUGAAAGAACUUGGUGCAGGCACCAGGCCUUUGUCGCUUGCCUGUUUGUGCUUUUUUCCUCUGAUGCUCUUGAGAGUCUGUGACUUCAGAGCCGCUCCUACAAAGGGAAGUCUCAGGGUCCCAUGUGGGGACGUCUCUCGUGGCUGUUUUAGCUUAUUUAAUAAUAGGCUUUGGGGGAAGUCCUGCCCACAUGCUGAGAGAUAGCCCCUUAUAAACAAGGGCAGUUUUUGUGUGUGUGAGAUCUCUAAGCCAGCAUGGAGGGAGUGCCUCGGGAUAAGUUAUUGUAUUCAUUUCACAGGUUUCUUUCUUGCUCAGAUCUUGGCACAGGCAUUAUGUUUAAAGAAACCAGUAUAAGGUACACUGCUUUUAUCUUUUUUUUUUUUUUUAAGUUUCCGUCCACUCUGUCUUUACACACACAAAAAAUACCUCGUAGAUAAGAUCUUCACCUAAUCACAGAUUCAGGAGGAAUCCAGCCAUCUCCCUGGACUCAGAUACCUUCUUUGGUGUUAGGAAUCUCCGGUCCAUCAGGGCACUGUAAGCUUCACGAAAGGGCAGCUGGGAAUAGAGCCGAUUAAAAGCCAGUGCUGUUGCCGUCUGUGUUUCAUCAUUCUGGCGCCCCGGGGCAGCAAGGGCUAAGGGAGGGCCACACACUGGCAAGAUGUCAAGGCCACAUCUGCACUGAAGAGGCAAAAUAUGCCCUGCAAGUCACACCCCUAAGGCUGGAGGUCAGUGUGGCUUGGUGCUCCAGUUUGAAGCAGCAGCAAGAAAGGCCGGGUGCCGUUUGCCCUCUCAGCCAACGGGGAGACUUUGGCAGCCUGGUCUCGGGAGGGUGUGCCCAUUUCACCCCUGCCAGCCAGCUGGGAGCACAGUGGCUCCAGGGUGCACCUGCCACCUCACCCCACACCAGAGUGAGAGGUCUGGGCCAGCCGAGGGCGUCUAUGGAGCCCUGUGAACUCAGACCCAGUUCCAUUUCUAGGCCAGGCUUUGACUCGUCUGAUGGCAGUUUUCUGUAGGAAGCACAGAAUUGGUGCCAUGGAUCAUCCUUUUCAUUUUGAUUAAAUUCAUUCUGUGGGAAUCCUUGCACUAGAUGUCACUUUGGCCCAGGCUGUGUGCUUUUAUUGGUUCUUUUUCACAGGCUCGGGCUUGUGAAACCCCAAACACACAUGGCUACGGAAGUGAACCCCAGAGUCUCGCCUCUCUCUUCCCUUGCAUUUAGCAGGGCUCAAGGCUAAAAGAAGCCUGGACUAUGUUUUAACCAGUCUCCACCAACGUGGGACUGUUUCUGGCCUUGUGACAGACCUUUGCUCGCUUUCAAUUUAAGCCUAGUGAAGAAAAAUGCCUUGGAGCCACAGACAGAAGUAACAGGGAUUCGCUUGCAAAUUGGGUAAUUGGUUUUAAAAAUCUAUGAUUAACUUUUUGAAUGAAUCCUUUAAAGUGGCCUUGAUUGAGGUGAUUCAGGUAUCUCUGCAAACAGGCCAUUUUGUGGUGUUGAAGAACGAUAACGGAAUAAGAGAAUCUGGCGAUGUCCUAGAAAUCCAGUAAGCAGACUUCUCUCGAUGCCAGUUUCCCUGCGGAGGGCAGCUGGUGAGCUGCUUGCACCAGUUUUCUCACUCUUGUGAACGUGUCUCUCCUCAGGCCCUUGCACAAAAGCCAUGAAGAGACAUUUACCUACCUGUUACUUUAAACGUUCUAUAAAUUAUUAGCCAGAAGGAACUGUAAUGGGAUUAUAGAAAGGAAACACAAGGGCCUGGUGUUUAUUAAGCUUAUUAAAAGUUAAGUUUGUUUUAAAAGUUAGAGCAAAUAGACCUUCUUGAGUUCCCUGGCCAAGGAGGAGGGCUAUGGCCCGAUUCCAGACCUCAAAGCCAGCUUUCUCCCUUGCCUCCUUUUGCCCUUUAGCUUUUGUUCACCAUCUCCUGGUUUGUCUUCCCACCCCCACCCCCAGCUUGGGCCGUUCAAAAACUGGGUGGCCUGAGCAAAGCCAGUUACCCCGUUGGCCUGCUGUAUCAGGAUUCUUUCCCUCUCACGUGAUGUCAUUAGCCCAUCUAUUGUUGGGUAAAGAGUGAUGUGUUCCUGUCUCAACACCAAAUGGCAUCUAGUCGUCCCUGGGUCAGUGCCUGCAAAUGGCAGUAGGAUUUCCAUUUCUCCGUGAUGCGAGUGCUCGAGUGAAAACCCUUCAGCAGAAUCCACAGGGGUUAUGCUGGUGGGUGCUGGAUGGCUGAUGGGACAGUCAAGGAAUUCUCAUCACCUUCAAGACUCAUUAUCACCUCGUUUCUGUGGACUUGAGUCACACUUCCAAAAUGAAAAACAGGAUCAUUAGGACUUGAGAGAAUUAUUUGGAAUUCAUGAUCCUUUGCAUUGCAGUCCUUUUAAGAUUGUUUUUGUGUGUCAUUUCCCACGUGUGUGGAAGCAUGAGAGCCGUGAUAGCUGCUGGUACCCUUGAAGGGGUGCGUGCGAGACUUGGUGACCCCCACACCAUUGUUGCUUCAAGCACUUGUUAAAACUCUGUGUGCCAGGAAACCAAAUUCUUUGUUCUGUCCGUUGUGCAAGAAAUAAGGCCUGAUUUCCUAGUUACUAUUUGAAAUGACUUUCCAAAGUAAUAGAAAAAAAUGAGUAAAAUAUAUUAGCUAUCUACUGUUCUGAGCCAGAACUGGGCAGAUGUGGGAAAUUUCCAUAUAGUGUAUGAAAAUUUCACUGUGCAGGGGAAUUAUUCUGUUUCUUCUUUUACUAUUCAAAAUAUUGUUACUAUGAAAUUAUCCAAGAUAUUGCUACUAUGAAAUUAUCCAAAAUAUUGUGACAAUAAAACUGCAUUAAUUUGUAGACUAUUAAAGUGCUCCCCAACCUGA